GCCCCGCCAGGGCCGCCCCGCGCUGAGAGAGUGAGGGCCGCCGCCGGCGCCCGCCCGCCAUGUCUCAGAUGCUGCACAUUGAGAUCCCCAACUUCGGCAACACCGUGCUCGGCUGCCUGAACGAGCAGCGCCUGCUGGGCCUCUACUGCGAUGUGUCCAUCGUGGUCAAGGGCCAGGCCUUCAAGGCCCACCGGGCCGUGCUGGCCGCCAGCAGCCUCUACUUCCGCGACCUGUUCAGCGGCAACAGCAAGAGCGCCUUCGAGCUGCCGGGCACCGUGCCGCCCGCCUGCUUCCAGCAGAUCCUGUCCUUCUGCUACACGGGCAAGCUGACCAUGGCGGCCAGCGAGCAGCUGGUGGUCAUGUACACGGCCGGCUUCCUGCAGAUCCAGCACAUCGUGGAGCGCGGCACCGACCUCAUGUUCAAGGUGAGCUCGCCCCACUGCGACUCCCAGACGGCCGCGACGGAGGACGCCAGCUCCGAGCCCCAGAGCCCCUGCACCCAGCUGCAGCCGGCCACUGCCGCCGCCGCCGCCGGCCCCUACGUCGUGUCCCCCUCCGUGCCCAUCCCGCUGCUGACCCGCGUGAAGCACGAAGCCAUGGAGCUGCCGCCGGCCGCCGGCCCGGGCCUGGCCCCCAAGCGACCGCUGGAGGCGGGGCCGCGGGAUGGCGUGGCGGUGGCGGCCGGCGCGGCCCCCCUGAAGCUGCCCCGGGUCUCCUACUACGGGGUGCCCAGCCUGGCCACCCUCCUCCCCGGCGUCCAGCAGGCGCCGUACCCCCAGGGGGAGCGGACCAGUCCGGGGGCCAGCAGCCUGCCCACCACCGACAGCCCCACCUCGUACCACAACGAGGAGGACGAGGAGGACGACGAGGCCUACGACGCCAUGGUGGACGAGCAGUACGGCCAGGUGUACAUCAAGGCCACGGGCAGCUACGCAGUGCCGGAGAAGCCGGAGCCGGUGCCGCUGGAGAGCCGCUCCUGCGUCCUCAUCCGCCGUGACCUGGUGGCGCUGCCCGCCAGCCUCAUCAGCCAGAUCGGGUACCGCUGCCACCCCAAGCUCUACUCGGAGGGCGACCCCGGCGAGAAGCUGGAGCUGGUGGCGGGCUCGGGGGUGUACAUCACGCGUGGCCAGCUCAUGAACUGCCACCUGUGCGCGGGGGUGAAGCACAAGGUCCUGCUGCGCAGGCUCCUGGCCACCUUCUUCGACAGGAACACGCUGGCCAACAGCUGUGGCACAGGCAUCCGUUCGUCCACCAGCGACCCCAGCCGCAAGCCGCUGGACAGCCGAGUCCUGAACGCUGUGAAACUGUACUGUCAGAACUUCGCCCCCAGCUUCAAGGAGAGCGAGAUGAACGUGAUCGCCGCCGACAUGUGCACCAACGCCCGGCGCGUGCGCAAGCGCUGGCUGCCCAAGAUCAAGUCGAUGCUGCCCGAGGGCGUGGAGAUGUACCGCUCCGUCAUGGGCUCCGCGGCGGCCAGCGUGCCCCUGGACCCUGAGUUCCCGGCCGCCGCGGCCCAGCUGUUCGAGCAGCGCGCCUACGCCGAGCGCCGGGGCGACGGCCCCAGCAUCGUGGCUCUGAGGACCGACGCCGUGAAUGUCGACCUGGCCGACGCCGGCGAGGAGGUGGACGGGGCCGGCUCGGUCAUCCAGGAGGUGGCCGCGCCGGAGCCGCUGCCGGCCGCCGGCCAGAGCCCCCCGCAGCCCUUCGAGCAGGCCGGCGGCAGCCCCGGCAGGCCGCAGACGCCGGCCGCGGCGGCCCGGAGGCCCGAGGGCGCCUACGCGGGGACUCUGUAGGCGGGUGC